AUGGCUCAACCAAACAUGACUCCUUUCUCGAUGGUCAAUCAAGGCCAUAUUCCUGGAUCAGCUGAAACUUUCUCGAUGGAAUGGCAGAAAGGUGACUUUCAUCUCGUUUUCCACGGAUGCAAUAACGGUACAACUCAAGAGCCACUGUUUAUCGCAACUGCCGAAGAAGAAGAACGCAAACUGGUGAUUGAGAACAAGAAGAGCGAAAGGUUCGCCUUGAGGUUCGUAUUAACCCUAUUCUAUCGU